UUGCCUUCUGAUAGUGAGUUGAUGUUUAAGUCGUUGCUCUUUUCAUGAAAACGGGAUUUCAUAUGUGUAAGCAGACUAUCUUGUACAUUUCUAAAAACAAAUCUACAUGGAGUUUAUUUCGUGGAUUUAAGGGAUGUGGAUUAACUGCGAUAUAUUAAGCUUCUUUUUAAGAAAGCAGUAUGAACUCGCGAAUGCUCUAACACAUUUGAUGGUUAUAACAAGCACGCACAACCUUCACUUAAAGAAUCGCGGAAUGGCUGUACCGACCCCUCCGCAUAAUCGCCUACGGCCCGAAGACGAGGACGAUCCAGUGGACCGUAUGGUUAAUCGGACGGGCUGUGGCGAUCAGCACUACGCCGUGCAGGACUGCAUGGCGAAGCACCAGGACUGGCGGAAGUGCCAGCCCCAAGUUCUCAGCUUCAAGGAGUGUAUGGCGGCGUACCAGAAGGCAAGGAAGGGGCAGCUACUGAACAAAGGACUAAUAGACACAUCAUAGCCACGAGACUUGGAAAAAAGAAAAUAAUAAAAUCCUUGCUGUAUUCAGUACGCUGUGCAAGAGGACUUUUCAUCUUUUGAUUCAUGUAUAUAUUGCAAAUUUGAAUGUAUCCCCCCUCAUGCUUGUUUGUCACUGAUUUGACAAUGGGUUUCUGUUAAGCCCUGCUUUUAGGAGUACAAUGUGGCAUGAAGAUGCUGAUAUAUUUGAUUUAUUGCCCGUGAUUGUUACUUAUUAUUUUUGUAAUAAACGUUAGUCAAUAGGGACAGAAUUGAAUGCUC